CCCGAGCCGCUGGGUGGUCGCGGAGGAGGCGCGGGUCCCGCAGAAGAGCGGCGUGGGUCGCCAUGGACGGUUCGGGCAAAGAGCGGGAGGCCGUCCAGCUGAUGGCGGAGGCCGAGAAGAGAGUGAAGUCGUCCCACUCGUUCUUGAGGGGGCUGUUUGGAGGAAAUACAAGAGUAGAAGAGGCUUGUGAAAUGUACACCAGAGCUGCAAACAUGUUUAAGAUGGCUAAAAACUGGAGUGCUGCAGGAAAUGCAUUUUGCCAGGCAGCAAAGCUCCACAUGCAGCUCCAGAGCAAGCAUGAUUCUGCAACUAGUUUUGUGGAUGCUGGGAAUGCAUACAAAAAGGCUGACCCACAAGAGGCUAUUAACUGCCUAAAUGCAGCCAUCGAUAUUUACACAGACAUGGGAAGAUUUACAAUUGCUGCCAAACAUCACAUUACCAUUGCAGAGAUAUACGAGACUGAACUGGUAGACAUUGAAAAGGCUAUUGCACAUUAUGAACAGUCAGCUGAUUAUUACAAAGGAGAAGAAUCCAACAGUUCAGCCAACAAGUGUCUGUUGAAGGUGGCAGCAUACGCUGCCCAGCUAGAACAGUACCAGAAAGCCAUUGAAAUCUACGAGCAGGUUGGGACAAACACCAUGGAUAAUCCACUGCUGAAGUAUAGUGCAAAGGAUUACUUUUUCAAAGCAGCCCUCUGCCACUUCAUAGUGGAUGAAUUGAAUGCCAAACUGGCUCUUGAAAAAUAUGAAGAAAUGUUUCCAGCCUUUACGGAUUCAAGGGAAUGCAAAUUAUUGAAAAAAUUGCUGGAAGCUCAUGAGGAGCAGAACAGUGAAGCUUACACAGAAGCUGUUAAAGAAUUUGAUUCAAUAUCUCGCCUAGACCAGUGGCUCACCACUAUGUUGCUUCGCAUCAAAAAGUCAAUUCAGGAAGAAGGGGAAGUCGAGGGGGACCUGAAGUGAAUUAUCUGUGAACCCUGUGGCAUGUGCAGUCUCACUAUCCCUCCUCUUCUGUUUUGUGUUGACAGCCAAGGGCUAUUACAGGUUCCUGAUGAAUGGCUGUGUUUUGUUGCUUAUGAACCAAAUGAUUUGUGUAUUGUUUAAUAUCUGUCUGUGUUGUUGUAACCUGGGUGAAAACAAAAAACUCAAAAUGUCAUUUGUAUGCGAUUUGACAGUAACACCCAUUUGUCAAAUUUCCAAGAUCGCUGCAAUAAAUGUGUUGUUUUAUUCUCGGGAAAGUAAAUGAUCCAAGUUAAAUUUUUGGCUGCUGCUUAUCAACUGAAUGGAGGGCUUUGACACCUGACUCAGUUUUUUGGAUAUCUUUGGCAUAAAAUAGUGGCACAUUAGCAUUUUGGGCUACUCUAAAACACUUUUGAAAUUAUAUUUUAAUGAAGGUUUUUAAUGGGCCAAGAACGAGCUUAGACAACUGCGUUAUUCUGUACUUCCCCAAGCACCUGGUACUAUGCACUGCACCAAGAAAUGAAUUUGGCUUUCAGUUUUUACGGAACUAUCGUAAAGAUGAGGGUGAGCUGUUCCUAUUCUUUAAUUUUUAUGUACCCAGUGGACAUGCAUAGAGACUAAUAGCAUCCUGAAGCAGCAUAACUUCUUUAAAUGAAUGGACACCCAUCCAGGUUUUCCUACAAGAUUAGCAUCUCAUCUUCUGUUGAUUUAGAAUUUAAUCAUGUAGAAGAUGUUGAAAUGCAGAUUCUUUUCUUGUAGAGAUUUUCCCACUUAAUUUGUGUCAGAAAUCACUUCCCUCUCCAAAUUUAAAGAGGUUUUAACGUGCAGCCUUUUUUUAAUUUUCCCUUUCUGGUUCACCUGGACCCAGGUUUAGUUCAGGUGAGUUGGGAUGGGGGUUGUCUAUUUUGUCUGGCUUGGAGUUAGAGAAGAAUGGAUUUGUUGAUUAGUGCAUCAUGUAAACAGAUGUUUGUUGAGGACUUCAAGGAAAGCUCAUUAGGAGGCUACUAAACAUUUGUCAGUUGAAGCCAAUUUAGCAAUAUUUCUUAUAUUCAGUUACCAAAUCCAUAAACAUUCCUAGCAGUAGGUGUGAGUAGCAGAGAUUGAAACACGUUGUUCAGAAUGUUUUUCUCUUUGAUCUCUGAGCUGCUUUCAAACUGGAAAGAGGCUAGCGCCAUCCAUGCUGGUGUUCAUUAAAGACCUGGGCUUUGUGAGGUUGAAGGGCAGAAGCCAUUAUGGAGGUAAAUAAUAUUGGCCUCUUUAGCCAAUUCAAGUUUAGUUUAGCAGCGUUCCAUUUUUCAUGAUGUAAUGGGAUCUGAUGACUGUAUUCCUUCAAUUGAAAUAGCGUGUAACCCUAGAAAAAUGAACUUACCUUUAGGGAAACCUCAGGGGAGACCAAAAUAUGGCCACACAAGUUGGGAAAGAAUGUCUUUUUUUUUAAUGCACACUGGAUAUUUAUCCUGUCUCUUUACUUGGCAGGGUCUUAGCCUUCUGGUUACAAAAUAAGCAUUAGAGCACUUGCCCUUCCCCCUUACGUGGACGUUUUUCCAUUCAGUGCCAGUUGGAGGCAUUCUUGAUCCAGUUCAACCCUUUUGUUCUGACACCUAGAUAGGGAGGGCGGGGGUCUGUAUCUCAGGGAAACUUGACUAGAAGGGCAGAGCAGAAUGUUUAUCCCAAAGAUGUUGAGAAGCAGAAAUAAGAUCAGAUUGAGUUUUUUGACCCUGAAAUUAAACUGUAAAGUUGAAAUACAGAACUGAAAGUUGCUUAUCUAAUGACCUUUAAAACCAAGUGCAUGGUAGUUUGAAGGUGAAAUUUUAGCCAUCAUAGAGCUGUUAUAUGUUUCAGGGGAGGUGAACCCCACUAAAAUCUCCAGGAGACCCAAGUCUGUCUGCUUCUGGCCACCACGUUCCUCGGGCAUGCCUAAGGAAGCUCCAGUUUAGUUGUGUCCCUUCUGUGUUUUCUCAGGUUAGCAGUGAAGUGCCAGUGGGUACUUCACAUGUCAGGUUUGAGACACAAUUAAAUCAAACCCUCCUAAAGAAGCACGUAGCCAUGUUCCACAGGGAACCAGCCCCUCAUGGGGCUUGGAAAACAGUUCCAACUCAACAAAGAAUGGUUGAAAAGCCCAAUUCUUUCUGCUUUAUCAGACUGGGUCACAGCCAAAUUCUAAUCCUAGAAAAAAGGACAGAUUCUGGCUUAGUGCUCAGCCAGGAACAGUUUCAUUAGCUUUAAGCCCAGAGCACCCACCCUGAAUAUCUGGAGUCUGCCUCAGUGCCUGGCACAUAGUAAGCACUUAAUAUCAUCCUCAUCAUACUACUAUUAGUAGUAGUAGUAGUAUAUCCAGACAUACUUUUCAGAUGUUUCAGCUGGCAUUGCCAUGGGUUAAGGAUUCUGCUGGGAUUUACAGGCUUUUGAACAGUAGCCAGACAGGCUCUAGACUCUCUUCACUCACCCGUGAUGAAGUUCCUGGAGGGAUUGGAUCUCCUGUCCUCUUGAAGCCCAGGGAAGAAAUGGGGACCAGCCCCUACCGUUUUCAAGUACCAGAGGCCAGGGACCAUUACUAGUAGGUUGUCAUUAAGUAGCUCUGCUGUCUUCCUUCAAGGUCCCAAGGUUGUGUUGUUCACCGGCAGUGAACAGAGGAGCUGCUGCUGCCUUUUUCAUUUGUACUUUGAAUUUGUAAAGGCUAGUAUUUCUGGUGUUGAGCAAUACCUGCUUUUUGAUCUGCUCCUGGCAGGUGGCUGACUGCAAUCAACUGGAGUUCCCUGUGUCAGAACAAAUGAUAAGAGUUCUGUGUCUGACCCAGAAUAACCAGAGAGGAAGUGUUUGUAUUAAUCCCAAAUAGCCAGACUACAGUGUAAAAGAAAUCUGGCUACUAUCCCAAUAAAAAAGGGAGUAAGGGAAGGAGUUAGGUUUACCAGAUGCAGAUAGCGUUCUUUUCAGUGUAACUAUGUUUUAGUUUAACAGUACAAUAAAAUUUUAAAUAAACUUGAGAAAUCUUAUGUUUGAUCAUUUGAAGUUGAGGAGUAACAUUUCUUGUUUUUUUGAAAAGCAGUGCUUUUGUGAAAGUGUUUUUACAAUUGGUCUGACUUUGGGUGUUUACUUUUUUAUUUAUCCAAUAAUCUGAAAACAGUAUUUUUGCACAGUUGUGAUAUGCAUAAAUGAACUUUGAUGUGUCAGUGUAACUGAACUAUAGGUACUAGCUUUUGUGAUGAGUCCUGUUCCUUCUUUGCCGUUGUACACAUAUGUCUAAAUGCAAAACCUUUGUGACUUUUGUACAGUAGGCUAAUGGAGCAUGCCCUCCCCUCUUCUAGAAUCCACCCAUGGGCUAAAAUGUGGCCAGAGCCGAGUGUACCUGUUAGAGCACUGGAGCUGUCGCACUUAGUGGUUGUUUCCUUCCUAGGCCUGAACCCUCUACUAUGAUACUAUUUAAUAAGAAAUUUGCCUUGUCAGGAAUGGAAACUGUUUAGUGGGAAUCUGUACAGUAAUAAAGUGAAAGUGACAAUUC